AUGACAUCCCCUGAAUUGGCAAGUGGCUCUGUCCCAUCAGAGUAUUUCACCGGCGAAUCUCAGCCUGGCGUGCAGAAUGGUUCCAGCGCGUUUGAAACCAGGCUUGGAGGAGAGGAUUCCGACCCGGGUACACAACCAUCUGCCAAUGGACAGGAGACCAAUAUACUUGAAGGCGGAAAGCAGAAUGCCAAAGCUAUGCUGGCAGCAUCUGGUGGAUCGGAUCCUAGUGAUGCCAAUGGCACUCCCCAGUCGAACGGUACAAGUAGCUCCGCGCAAAGUCGAAAAAGAUCUCGCGAUGGGUCUGUCGUGCAGCCUAGCGAUGUCUCAGGGACGAUGACCGUUCGAACACGAGAGACACCCGUCGAACAGAUUAUGAUAGAGAAUCUCGUCAACCGCGAGUUUGAAUAUUCGGCCGCAACUGCUUGGCAAACCACAAGCCAGGAGCUGCAGCGAGAGAAACGGAUGGAGCGUGAUUUUUACCUCCAACUUCGACGCGAAAACCAGACAAACCCCGCUGCGUUGUUUGGCGCAGGAUACGAAGGGUUUGGAAAUACCCGCACGGAUCUGCGAAACCACCCACCCCAGCUUUUGUACCCAGCCAAUCGACGUCGGCCUGGAAAUCGCAAGACUCGUGAACUUCGGGUCUCGCGUCGAGAUUUGAAGGUGCAGAACGAGCAGAUGGAUGACCUGGUGCCAAUCCGUUUAGAUAUUGACUGGGAGAAAGUCAAGAUUCGCGAUACUUUUACUUGGAAUUUACAUGACCGUGUUGUGUCACCAGACCUGUUUGCCGAGAAGCUGGUGGAGGAUCUGGGCCUUCCUAUGGAAACAUCUGGCCCCCUCAUGCGCCAGAUCUCGCAGAGCAUUCAGGAGCAGUUGAUGGACUACUAUCCACAAAUCUACAUGCACGAGGAGGCUCUUGACCCGCAUCUCCCCUACACCGCAUACCGAAACGAUGAGAUGCGUAUCCUGGUCAAGUUGAAUAUCACAAUUGGUCAGCAUACUCUCAUUGACCAAUUCGAGUGGGACAUCAACGAUCCACAAAAUUCUCCAGAGCAGUUUGCCAUACGGAUGACAGACGAUCUUUCUCUCUCUGGCGAGUUCACCACCGCUAUCGCUCAUUCCAUUCGUGAACAAUCGCAAAUGUUUACCAAGUCCCUCUACAUCGUUGCCCACCCCUUCGAUGGUCGCCCCAUCGAAGAUCCCGAUCUCAGCGCUUCCUUCCUACCAACUCCUGUAUCUUCCGCCUUCCGACCUUACCAAUCGGCAAAGGAACACACGCCUUACCUCUACGAACUGAAUGAGACAGAUCUCGAGCGAACUGAGAUUUCGAUAUCUCGGGAGCAGCGUCGCCAAAAACGAUCCAUAAACCGGCGUGGUGGACCUGCUCUACCAGACCUGAAGGACCGUCAACGUACGAUUCGCACGUUGAUUGUGUCUUCUGUCAUCCCCAACUCGGCAGCAUCCAUGGAAGAAAGCAACGUCAUAAAGCGCUCGGGAUCCGGUCGCCGUCGUGGUAUGGCGGGACAACGAGACGACGAUUCUGAUGAAUUUGAAAGUGAUGAUUCGGAUGAAGGUUCUCCAGCUAUUGGGCCAAAUCUUGCUCAAGGCACUGCUCGCACAAGAGGCAUGCGGGGAGCUGCCAGGGAAGCCCAUGCAGCCUUACGUGCCGGUUUGGGACACUCCGAAACCCCAGAGCCUGUACUCUACGAGCCGCGAGCGUCGGCUCGACGGCAACAAUACCGAGAAGAAAGCGAAGAAGAACCGGACAAGUUGAUCGUGAGGCUCAGAGUGUCACGUGACAGGUUGAUGGCUUUGAGAAACGGACAGCGAAUUGUAUCUCAAUCAUCCUUUAACAGGGCUGUAUCCAAUGCCUCAAUGGCACCUCCCUCCGAUAAGCAAGCUCGACUUCCUGGAAACAACCCCCCAAGGCCCCAGCAAACAGGAGCUGUUGACGCGCCGAACCCACCUCAGCCCGGCGUCCCUGCUCCCCCACCGCCUAGCUGGCUCGCGGCCGGACUUCAAGGGUUACAACAGGCCCACCCCAAUGACUCAUUCGAAGGAGUGAUGCGUUAUUCUGCCGUGGAUAUGGAAACUUUGGCCCCUGUGCCCAAUACCAACCAACUCCAACCUGGCCAAAAAAUCAAAUACCAGUACCUACCCAGAAUUCGGUGCCACGAUUGCCCCGGCAAGUUGUACACGCCUGGCCCCGGCAUGACUGUUGACAACUUUGAGGUUCACCUUCGCAACCGGCAGCACAAGGAACGUGUGGAGGAGCGUAUUUCUAAAAGUGCUAAUGCUCCUGCAAACCCCAAUCUGGGUAGUGCGAGUCCGGCCCCUGGUGCCCGUAUGUCGGCCAGUGCUAGUCCUGCAAUCUCUGGUGCCCCUUCUCCUGCUCUUGGACCUCGGCAUUGA